AUGUCAAGUUCUGAUACAUCAUCAUCAUCUUCUACUAUCCAUGAUGUUUCAAUUCCCAUAAACUCAACUACCCCCAGACUAUCCGACUCUUCGUCUAUGAAUACCCACCCGCUGAUGGAAGUGAUAGCCCCGAUUCUUGAGUUCUUAGACACGUUGUUACAAUCCCCAGAUCUGCGUUCCCAACAAUGGCCCAAUUAUCGGGAAUUAUUGAUGGCCACCAACCGGAGUUUGAAUUCCCUUGACACAAGCCUAGAUCUUGAUUGGUUCCAUCAUCUUUAUGAGACCCAGAUCUUGCCGAAGUUUCUGUCAUCCAGGGAUGAAAUAUUGAAAUUCACAAGAAAAAGGUUCCACACCGAUUACGAGCGGGGUAUCAAAGCAAAAAUUGAUAAUCUCUUUGGGUGUGUUGUGAUUUUUGAAUCUCAAAAGAAGAUCACCGAAUGGUUGAAGUUCAACAAUAAUAAUGAGGAUGAUGAUGAUGAUGAUGAUGAUUUCGAUGGUUUGGAAUCCAAUAGACCUCAAUUGUUAAAGUGUUUGGAGACUUAUUAUUCAUUAAUUCCUCUCAUUAUUCGGAUUAUUGAUAAUAAUAAUAAGGCAUUCAAGGGUAUUUUAAAAAACACUAAUCUCUUGAUCCCGCUAUUACAUCUUUGUGUGUUUAUGUUGAAACUCAAUCCUGAGAUGGACCAAGAUCUCAUUAAUCUCUUCACAAUAUUUGUGUCGUUCCAUCUAGUCGAUGAUGAUUUGUUUGUGGCCCUAGUUAGGGCCAUUGAUGGUGAAGAGCUGGGAACUUUCACUACCAUUUGGGGAAAGUUCUUGGUUAGUGAUUUACCAAAAACUCAUCAUCCAGGAAUCAUCACCGUUUAUCAACGAGUUUCCCAAAGUUAUAAAUUGCAAGCCGAUACUAAUAAUAACCUACCACCACCAAUACAACAACAACAACAACAACAACAACAACAAAAAUUUAUCAAGGAACUUUUCCCAGGUUUCAAAUUAGGAGCCGCGAUUGUUGAUCUUCCUAUAAGAUUACGCCAAGUACAACAAGUAUCACACCUUCUUGAACUGGUCUUACAAGACAAUGAUGGUGGUAGUGCUGAGAAGUCUUCCAAGUUAUUAAGGAUGUUACAUCAAUUAAAAUAUCAUUUAUCCGGUACCGAUAUCGAUGAUGAGUUAUUAUGUCUGAUAAUAUUAUCGUAUUCUAACAUCGAUGCACUAAUGCUUCUUGGGAAUUUGUACAAGUUGGCCAAUGAGAAAAUAUCGUUUUCCACGGAUCGUUUACCCUUGAUGAAAUCACUUGCCAAUGGGUUGACGUUACACAUUGCGGAAUUCUCUUAUAUGAACCGCCGUUGUAUCACCAUCAUCAUUGACGGGGCUGAAUGUUUGAUACAGAAAAUCUUGAGUUCCCACACUGAGUACGCCAAGUUGGUGGAGCUCGAACAAUCGGAUAAAUUACAAUUCCUGAUGGUGUUUGAAUUCUUGGACCAUUUCUCGGAAUUGAAAUUCGAUAAAUGGUGGGAUGAUGAAAGACUCGAGCCUUCGAAACAUGAGUACCAAAUUAAUCUUGUUUAUUAUUUAUACUUGGCGUUAUUGAAGAUCAGGGAACCAUUGGAAGUGGGUGGAUACUACUACUACUACAACAACAACAACUUCGGCGACCCAAUGUUGAUGCUUCAUGUGAAAUAUUUCCCAAUAUCCAGUAAUUUAUGUCUUGUAGGAUUAUUCUGCAAAUUGAUUAUUGGAUUAUCGAUGAAAAUCCUCCAAGGUUUGGAUCCCGUUGCUACCGUGGGGGUCAGGCGAGUGCUAACUGAACUUUUACCAUUUGAUGAAAUUGCUCAUCAACCAAAACUCAAUUUUGUCUACUCACUGAAAUUAUCCUCCUCCCGUUCCUCGAAAACUAAUCCCCAGUCCUCUAACCAAAGUCCACUGACAUUAUCCUCCUACACCAAUUCAUGGUCGUCCAACAGUCCAUCUGAAGAAUUAUUAACCAAAAUGAGAAAAUUCGAUAAAUUGUCACGAUGUUUGGAAUUGGCCCUUGACAUUUUCUACAAAAUCAUCAAGAAUUUACGAUUGACUAAUAUACUAAAUGAUCCCCAUGAUGGAUUAUUGAGAAUCUCUUUUGAUGCCUGUUUUGCCGCGGGGUUAGUGGGACAGAAAUCCCUGGAUCUUGCCACAGGAAAUCUGGAAAUGUUUUAUGAUAAUGGAUCGACAGGCGGUAUUUAUUUGCAAAUGGUGAGGAAAAUCUUACAAGAAUUGGCUGGGGUGGGUAACGAUGAUAAUGGUGGUAGUGGUAGUGGUAGUGGUAGUGGUAGUGGGGCGGGGUUUGCGGAAUUGGUGAAGUAUUGUAUUGAUGUUAAUAAACGAGAUUUGAGUUUUUUAAAGCUUACGAAGAACAUCAUCAUUGGUGAAUUAUCUAAUCUUCAACUGGUGAAACAGUCUAUUGAAUCAUCAUCUUCUUCAAUUGUUGGGGGUUAUCUAGAUAUCUUGCGAGGGAUUAUUGGUGAUGAUGAUGAUGAUGAUGAUGAUGAUGAUGAUGAUGAUGAUAAUGAUGAUGAUUCACAAUCUAAUCAAGUUGCAAAAUCAUCGAGAACUUUGGUAUUGCAAUUAAAAGAUUUACAGAAAUAUUUACAACUGGAGAAGAUUUCCAAGAAUGAUUUUCCUUCUUCUUCUUCUUCUUCUUCUGCUUCUGCUUCUGCUUCGUAUUCUUUUUCUCCUGCCAUUAGAAACCGUGGUGGAACUGCAAUUCAAGGAUCUAACCAAAUCUACAACAUUGCCAAUUUGAAAAUUAGUACUACUCCAUCAUUGAACCAUCAACAUUUCACAGCCCCGUUCCACGGCAAAAAUAAUCAUAAAGGAGGUAUAACCAAUUACCAACCAUCUUCAUCAUCAUCCCCCCAUUCUGCUCGGUUCACAGAAUCUGGGGGAUCGUAUUCUUAUUGUGGAUCGACGAUGAAUGGUCAAGUUGAUACACUGGGAGUUAAAGAUGGCAAGGGGAUCAAUUCAUUCGGGAAUGGUAUGGUUCAUAAUAAUGUGAAUUCUCGGGGUAUUAAUAAUCACCAGAACAAUUAUAACGGUGGGGAUAAUGUUAAGAUGGCCAAUUAUUAUAAUGUGGAUUCCAAUUAUUCAAUGCCGAAUAAUAAUAGUAAUAAUAAUAAUAAUAAUAAUAGGAAUAGGAAUAAUAAUGGUAAUUCGAACUAUUCAUUUCUGAAUUAUAAUGGCAGUAAUUCCAAUUAUCAAUUCAAUAAUGGUGGUAAUUUUAAUGGUGGUCAAGCAUCUACUGGGUCAUACAAUGCUGCAUACAAUGCGGCAUCAUUUGAUACCACCAAUAAUAAUAAUAAUAAUAAUAAUAAUAAGAAUAAUAUUACAGGUUAUUAG